CUGUCACCUCCUGCAGCGCUGGUGUGCCUGGCACAGGGAUACGUGGCAGCCAUCACCAGCACCUGUGGCUGUGCCAUGGCGUUGUGUGGAGGUGCCAGCACAGCGUGGCUGUGCCGCGGCUGUGCACUGUGAUGAUACCAGUGCACUGCAGCUGCGCCACGGCACUGUGCUGCAGUAGCAACACCACAGCCCUGACACACUGGAGCUGUUGCUGGCCGGAGUGGUUGAUAACAGGAUGGGCGUUGCCUCCAAACCGCUGUGAUAUGCUGUGCCUGUGCCAGCUGCCCCUACAAGAAGCACAGGCCAGUGCCCAGGCAUUGUGAUUUCAGGGAAGUGAGGGGUGUUCCAGGAAAGGAAAACAAACAGCACGGGGAGGGCUGGCGCUUUGCUUUCUCUUUCAGUUUCAGCACUGCAAGGCCACACACAGCAGCACAAGCAUGGACGCUCCGAUGCUCCCGAUGCCGGCUCCGCUCUGUCUGGUGAACAACAAGGAUGGCGUGCUGUCCCUGGACCCCACGGCGCUGGCAGUGCUGCAGGAGGUGGCCCAGCCCCUGGUGGUGGUGGCCAUCGCCGGGCCGUACCGCACCGGGAAGUCCUUCCUGAUGAACCGGCUGGCAGAGAAGCGCAGUGGCUUCCCGCUGGGCCCCACGGUGCAGGCAGAGACCAAGGGCAUCUGGAUGUGGUGCCUGCCCCACCCGCGCCGGCCUGGCGUGAUGUUGGUGCUGCUGGACACCGAAGGGCUGGGAGACCCCAGCAAGGGUGACAGCCAAAACGACGCCUGGAUCUUCACACUGGCGCUGCUGUUGUCCAGCACCCUGGUGUACAACAGCAUAGGCACCAUCGACCAGAAGGCGCUGGAGCACCUCGAGCUGGUGACACAGCUGUCGGAGCUGAUCCAGGUGCGGGACGGGGAGAAGGAUGGCAACAACAGCGUUGAAAGAGAAGACGAGGCGGAGGACUGCGAGUUCGUGCGCUUCUUCCCCGGCUUUGUGUGGGUGGUGCGGGACUUCACACUGGAGCUGCGCGUGGGCGAGCAGCCCAUCAGCGAGGACGAGUACCUGGAGCAGGCGCUGGAACUCAAGCACGGGCACGGCCGCAAGGUGCAGAUCUACAAUGGGACGCGGCUGUGCCUCCGCAACUAUUUCCCCACACGGAAGUGCUUCGUGCUGCCCUCGCCACUGGGCACAGAGGAGCACGGGCGCAUGGAGGAGCUGCCCGAGGCCGCGUUGGCCCCACGUUUCCUCCAACAGGCAGCCAAGUUCUGCGACUACGUGCUGAACUCUGCCUGGCCCAAGACGCUGCCUGACGGCGGAGCACUGACAGGGCGAGCCCUGAGCAUGCUGCUGAGCAGCUACGUGGAGGCCAUCAACAGCGGGCGUCUGCCCUGCCUGGAGGGAGCAGCAGCAGCGAUGAUGGCCAACGAGAACGCAGCUGCGGUGACGGCAGCGCUGGAGGCCUAUGCCAGGGGCAUGCGGGGGCUGUCACUGCCCACAGAGCCCGCACAGCUCUCCGCCUCGCAUGGGGAGCACCUGCGUGAGGCACUCGUUGUCUUCCAGCGUCGCAGCUUCCGGGAUCCCGACCAGGAGCACCAGCGGCGCCUCAUGGAACAGAUCAGCACGGAGUACAGCCGCCUCCAGGAGGAGAACGAUGCAGCAUCACGGCGGCGCUGCAAGGCGCUGCUGGCUGAGUUGGCACGGGCACUGAAUGCCAGCCUGGCCCGUGGGGCCUACGCACAGCCCGGCGGCUACCGCGCCUACGAGGCCGAGCGGCAGCAGCUGCUGGAGGCCUACCAGCAAGCAGCGGGCAAGGGCCCCAAGGCCGAGGAGGUGCUGGAUGAGUUCCUGGCGGAGCGCCGGGCAGAGGCGGAGGCAGUGCUGAAGGCAGACAACGCACUGAGCGAGGCCGAGAAGCAGCUGGAGGACCAGAAGCAGCAGGCGCAGCUCCUGGAGCAGCAGCAGAAGGCGACGGCGGAGCGCGAACGGCAGCUGGAGGCGCUGCUGGCGGACGAGCGCAGCAGCUACGCGCAGAGCCUGCAAGCCCUGCAGACCAAGAUGCAGGAGGAGGCGGCGAGCGCGCAGCGGGAGCUGGACCGGGCGCUGAAAGCGAAGCUACGGGAGCACAGCGAGCUGCUGCAGCGCGGCUUCAGCGAGCGGGCGGCGCUGAUCGAGCAAGAGCUGGCGGCGCUGCGGCGGGAGAUCGACAGCAGCAACAAGCAGGAGUUGGCGGCCAGCGCCUUCAACGCCGUGCGCGCCGCCUGCGAGCUCGCCGCGGUGCUAACGCACGGCGAGUUCCGGGGCACAGCUGCGAUGGCGACCGCACGCCGCAAAACCUCCGCCCGCCCCUCUCUGGCGGCCAAAUAAAGCGCUCCUCCCGCA